CUCCCAGGAGCAGAGUGAGCACAGGGAGGGAGCCAAGCGGGCUGCUAAAUGCUCCGGCUUCAGAGGGACGAUGGUGGAGGGCUGGUAAAGAUGGCGGCUCUCUCCGAGGAUGGGAGGUACGGAUUAAAUUGUGGCCAACAGGGCGUCGAGAGAGUCUCCGUACUGCACGUCAAGUUGACCGAAACGGCGCUGAGAGCCAUAGAAAACUACCAAAGUAGUACGAAUAUACCAUCGUUACGGCCAACGGUACAAUUCAAGGGACUCCAAGGGCACAUUAAAAUUCCCAAGACCGACUCCUCUGACACGUUCCACAAUUUUGAUUUCUACCUGUCUAAUGUGGGAAAGGACAACCCUCAGGGAAGCUUUGAGUGCAUCCACCAGUAUGUGUCCAGCUCAGGGGCCUCACACCUGGCAUUGUUGGCGACCGUUCAGGACAAGGUCACAGUGUGCGCCACCAGUGACUCUUACCAGGUGACACGGGAACGUAUGACCCAGGCCGCGGAGGACACACGUGAACGGGGGACCAAAGUCAUUAAGCCCGGGGGGCAGUAUCGAGGAAAGCAGGUUCACACUCGUAAGCCAGCGUUAUCAGCCCUAGAUGUAGUCCCAGAGCGCAAACGCUCCACCCCUAUAAACCCAGCCAACACUAUACGCAAGUGCCUUUCCAACAACCCUGUAUCCCAGAAGCCCCUGCGGGACCGCAUCAUUCACCUGCUAGCGCUGAAGUCGUACAAGAAGCUGGAAGUGCUCGGCCGUUUGCAGCGGGACGGAAUUAACCAGAAGGACCGGAACUCACUGGGGACCACAUUGCAACAAGUGGCAAACCUGAAUCCCAAAGACAACACAUACUCGUUGAAGGAGUUUAUAUACCGCGAUGUUCAGCGAGACUGGCUCGGAUAUUCUGAGGAUGAGAAGAUCCAAGUUGACCGGAUGCUAGCUCGUAAAUUAGGUCUUCCUACUGAGAAAGUCUCCUCAAACAAUUCACCUAAAGACGGUUUCCCUUCAUCCCCACAGAAGCGCCAGCCUGACUUUGACUUCAUCGAUCCUUUGGCUCCCAAGAAAGCCCGCAUCUCUCACCUCAGCAGUCGAGGGCCAGCAGCCUCUUCCUCUGACCGCCGUGAGGACGAGAGCAGCCCCACCUCCAAACACUCGUCCCUGCCCCCCAACGUAACCUCAGGGCCUCCCAGCCAUCUCCCCGUUUCGUCCCACCCGCCAGCACCUUCACAUCAGCAUCUCAGCCCAGCCUCCAACUCCAACUCCCCCAGCACCCCAGAAGGCUGCGGCACUCAGGACCUGCCCAUGGACCAGAGUUCCUCCUGCAGAGACCCCUCACCCAGCCCCCUUCCUCGCUCCUUGCAGGACCGCUGUAAGCACCCUGUCCCCAGAGCAGCCGCCUCUCCCAGCCCGCCCCCCCGCACCUCUCUCACAGUUACCUCCACUGUCAUCACCAGCUCCCCUUUGCCUAGCAGUACAAGUAAGAAAUUCAAGAAGAAAUCCAAGAAGCACAAAGACAAAGAUCGUGAGAGGAACAAAGGGAAACAACCAGAAAGAGCCUGUAGUAGUCCUCCUGUGGCAGAAGAACAGGCUGAGGAGAGUAGCACAGUGAAGAAGAGGAACGAUGCUGACGAAGUCAUCGAGGAAGCUGUGGAGAAACCUUACAAAGAACAAGUUGAAGAGACAUUGGUCCUGUCCUCUGAAUCUUCUUCCAAAGUUGAGACGCCUGAUUAUGUAGUGAAGUACACAGCCCUGGUGUCUCUCGACCAGAGGCAGAGCUACAAAGACGACUUCAACGCAGAAUAUGACGAGUAUCGUCAGCUGCAUGCCCGUGUGGAGGGCAUCACCAGGCGCUUCACUCAGCUGGAUGCUCAGUGUCGGAAGCUGGUACCUGGCACUAAGGAGCACCAGAAAAUACAAAUCGAGGUCUUGAAAGAGUACAAAAAGAUGAAACAACACAACCCCAACUACCAUGAAGAGAAACAGCGCUGUGAAUACCUGCACAACAAACUGGCCCAUAUCAAACGACUAAUCGCUGAUUUUGACCAGCGCAGAGCCCAGGCCUGGUGCUGAGAGCCUAGCUCGGAUCAUCUUCACUGAUCAGUAUUGUGAACAGAGUGUCAAAACCAAGGGUGGGGGGUUGGGGUGACCAACCUGCCCUUAUUUAUUUAAAGCUUCUUUAUGUCUUGCCCCUAUAUCCUUUCUUUUCCUACUACUAUUAUCCUUCAUUCCCUCCCUCUUUUUUCUUUGAUUCCACAGGCUAAUUUAUUGCCUGCAAAAUGAAAACCAUUUCCCCAAUUGGCUUCUGUGGAAUAGAUGCCUCUUGAUCAGGAGAAAAGAGCUGCCUGCUCGUGCAUCAAAAUGUGUGAAACAGUUCAGCUGUAACUGGUGAAGGACUCUCUUUAGACAAAGUAUUUUUGAGCACCAGAGAGAAAAUAUUAACUUGUAUUUAA